UGCAAUUUAUUUUGAAUCAGAACAUAUACGACCAUGUUCCGAUUACUAUUUCUUUUAACCGUAGUCACUUUCGCCUCAGGUGCUAGGCUGUACGCACCUCCGAGGCUGGAUGGUAAAAUUGUUGGCGGAAAACCCGUCAAGAUUGAGGAAUAUCCAUACCAAGUUUCUUUGCAAUAUUACGGCAGUCAUAUUUGUGGGGGUUCCAUUAUUGGACCAAACAAAGUGCUUACUGCGGCCCACUGUACCAGCGGCUCAUCUGCCAGCUCAUUAUCAUUUCGUCACUCCAGCACCUACCGAGGUUCUGAAGGUGUCGUGAUCAAGGUGGCUAGUAUUGCAUAGAAUCCAGCCUACAAUCCAUC